GAGGGGGGGAUCACGUGACGGUGGCCGGAGUGGGGGCAGGCGGAAGUGGAAGCGGCAGCGGCAGCGGACGGGAGGGUUGUGAUGUCAUGGCAGCUGCCAGUUCCAGUGUCACUGGGAGUGACCAGACCUUGGAGAAAUCGCUGCUGAUUUUGAAAAUCUUAAAAGCCAAACUUAUAGUCCAGAAAGGAACGAGGAUCAGUUGUUACAUUGAAGUGACAGUGGACGGACUGCAAAGUGAAACUAAGAAAACUGGAAAACGAAACGGAAACCUUCAUCCACAGUGGAAUGAGACACUAACCUUGAAUGUAACACCACAGAGCCGAUUGGAGCUGAAAGUCUGGAACAGCCAUACCUUGAAAAAUGAACUAUUUGGAAACGUAUCCAUUGACGUCUGUGACAUAUUAAAGAAGAACAAUGGAAAGUUGGAGAACAUUCAGCUGAAUUUGAAUCUCCAGGUGGGAAACAAAGGUGGCGUUGUGUGCAGUGGUGAACUGACUGUUUGCCUGGAUGGCCUCAAUGUUGAUUUGGGAAGUCUGCCUAAUGGCACCAUCACGACAGAAAGAUCUCAGCAGAACGGGAGAAUUCAUUAUAGCACAAGUCAAGACGAUGAUUCAAACUAUUCAGCCUCACCUACCAGUGCUUCUGGAGCCAGAGUAAGGACAUGCAGACAGACCAGCAGUACUGUGAGAGGAGCUGUGGUUAAUGGAGAGAGCACAGUGAAUGAGGAACAAAACAAUCCCAGUGCUAAGACUAAACCGAAGCAUCCAUCCAGGGUACCUUCACAUUCAGCAAGUUCCAGUGCAGUAGUAAAUGGAGAGACCAUUUCAACUGAAAGUGACAAUGACAGCUGGAGUAAUGCUUUUAUCCCCGAUACCCCACCAACACUUCCCGCAGUCUCAGCACCUAGUUCGACUACCAGUGUUGCCCCAAGUCCUCAAGCCAAUUCAGUUGCAGUGGGAGAGACUUCAGAACCAGCUGCCACCUUGACGGAACCGUCUCAGACACCAGCCCAAAACCUUGAAGCACUACCUCCUGGAUGGGAACAGCGAGUGCUUCCCAAUGGAAGGAUAUAUUAUGUGGAUCAUAACACGAAAACGACGACAUGGGAAAGACCUCUCCCACCAGGCUGGGAGAAACGAGUCGAUCAACGUGGCAGAUUUUACUAUGUGGACCAUAACACUAGGACAACGACAUGGCAGAGACCAACAGCAGAGUCUGUUCGAAACUUUGAGCAGUGGCAAUCCCAGAGGAAUCAACUGCAGGGAGCUAUGCAACAUUUCAACCAAAGAUUUUUGUACCAGUCCUCUGGAAUUCCUACUGAUAGUGAUGCACUCGGACCUCUGGUACCUGGCUGGGAGAAGCGCCAGGAUAAUGGACGGGUUUACUUUGUCAACCACAAUACUCGGACCACCCAAUGGGAAGACCCUAGGACUCAAGGGAUGAUCCAAGAAUCCCCUCUGCCACCUGGCUGGGAAAUGAAAUAUACAAGUGAAGGGGUUCGAUAUUUUGUGGAUCAUAACACUCGUUCCACUACCUUUAAAGAUCCUCGAACUGGAUAUGAUUCCACCACUAGUGCAAAAAGUGGCUCUCCAGCAGCGUAUGAUCGUAGCUUUCGGUGGAAGUAUCAUCAGUUCCGAUUUCUCUGUCACUCGAAUGCAUUACCAAGCCAUGUGAAAAUCAGCGUCUCUAGACAGACAUUAUUUGAAGACUCCUUUCAACAGAUAAUGAACAUGAAGCCGUAUGAUUUGCGGCGUAGGUUGUACAUAAUAAUGCGUGGAGAGGAGGGUCUGGAUUAUGGCGGCAUAGCUAGAGAAUGGUUCUUCCUGCUUUCCCACGAGGUUCUGAAUCCAAUGUACUGUUUGUUUGAGUAUGCUGGAAAAAACAACUAUUGUCUUCAGAUCAACCCAGCGUCAUCAAUUAACCCAGACCACUUGACCUAUUUCCGAUUCAUUGGAAGGUUCAUAGCAAUGGCUCUGUAUCAUGGCAAAUUCAUUGAUACAGGAUUCACAUUGCCAUUUUACAAACACAUGCUCAAUAAAAAGCCAACGAUAAAGGACUUGGAAUCUAUUGACCCUGAGUUCUACAAUUCUCUCUUGUGGAUCAAAGAGAAUGACAUAGAAGAAUGUGGCUUAGAGCUCUAUUUUGCUCAGGACAUGGAAAUAUUGGGAAAAGUUACAACACAUGAGCUCAAGAAAGAUGGAGAAAACAUUAUGGUCACAGAAGAAAAUAAAGAGGAGUAUAUGAGGUUGCUAACAGACUGGAGAUUUACUCGUGGAGUUGGGGAACAAACAAAAGCUUUCCUGGAUGGGUUUAAUGAGGUGGUGCCCUUGGAAUGGCUGCGGUACUUUGACGAGAAAGAGCUAGAGUUAAUGCUGUGCGGAAUGCAAGAAAUCGACAUUAAUGACUGGCAGAAGAGCACUAUCUAUCGCCAUUACACAAAGAACAGCAAACCCAUCCAGUGGUUCUGGCAGGUUGUGAAAGAAAUGGACAACGAGAAGCGGAUCAGAUUGCUGCAGUUUGUUACUGGCACAUGCCGUCUGCCUGUUGGAGGUUUUGCAGAACUAAUAGGGAGCAACGGCCCACAAAAAUUCUGCAUUGACAAAGUUGGAAAGGAUACAUGGCUCCCAAGAAGUCACACGUGCUUCAAUCGCUUGGACCUUCCUCCAUACAAAAGUUAUGAUCAGCUCAAGGAGAAGCUGCUUUUCGCCAUUGAAGAGACUGAAGGUUUUGGUCAGGAGUAAUUGAUUUAUGCAAAAUAAUCAAAGAACAGCAGAUUGUGCCUGUCUUCUAUGGGAUCUCUAGUCUCAUUCUGUUUGUUUUGAUUCAUUUCCAUGCGAUCAUAAGUGAAAUCUGCAAAGUCUUUAAAGUUCACUUACUUUAGCCUUUGAUGAAUAUUGUCUUCUUUCUUUGCAGAAUUGAGAUUAAAGUUGCAAUAUCCCUUUUUUUCUGAAACUACCAUAGAUUGAUAUUGAAAUGGGUAUUACUUCACUGUUAAUGUAACAAAUGUUAUCUUUUGACAAGCAGCAUUUAUUAUUAAUUAGGUCAAGUCUAAAUAGUUGAAUUUGAAAUGAUGAAACCAAGUGAAGCUAAAGAGAUUAUUUAGAAAAUGCUAAAUGCAACUUUAAUUGCUUCACAAAUGACUUCAGAGCACGAUGCAAAUAGUGGCCAUUAUAACUGGUGGUACCUGCAAUUUUAGGGGUGUUUAUAUCUUUGACUGAAAAAAUGGUCACUUAUGGAAAGUUAGCAGGCACACAUUGUUUAUUGAUGGAUCAUAAAAUGUAAACCAAAAAAAAUUGCAUAUCUGUUACAAGUAUUACAACAUUUGUUAAACUGUUUUCAAGCCUGUGAUCACCAGUCCAGCUAACCUUCCCCCUUUUUUUAAAUUCAGGUUUUAAAUCAUAUUAUAAUGGCUGUUAUGUAAGAUUCAUUUUCACCCAAAAUCAUUUUCACCCAAAUUUCAGUAACUAACCAAAGUGCUGUUUUUCUCCGCUCGUGCUGAAUUGUAUGAUUUCAGAUGGAAUGGCAGGUUUAUUUAAUUAUUUCUUACAAGGUGAAAUCUGGCAUUUAAAGAAAACUUGAGUAAUGAAAGCUUAAAUCAGUAGUUUUUUUUAAUUGAAACCUGCAAAUUGAAGAUAUUGAGAUCGAUUGGAUAUUAGAGCCUUUCUUUGCUAAAGUACUGUUGCUUUAUUCACUAUUUCAAUUCACAUGAAACAUUUGACCUAAAUGCUAUUUAAUAUAUUUAAAAAUCUAAUGAGUGAACAUUUCUGAAGUGUACCGUUUGAGAGAGCCCUUCUAUGUUAAUAUAAAAAGAUUAAUAUUGCACGCUUUAAUAGAGAAAGGUUCAAUAUUUUAAUUAUCUAUUGUAAAAUCAAAGAAAACAAAACAAGUUCCCUUGUACACAAUACAUUAUUUUUCAAAACAGGAAAAUAUUGUAUAUAAGAAUUGUAUAUUUGUCUUUCUGGUAUAAUAGAGCAAAUAGGACCAUAAUUUUUUUAUGUAGAUGUUUAAGGUGAAUGUAAUAUUUUAAAUAUGUUGCAAAUAAAUGGGAAAUGAUUUUAUUAAAUAAAACAACUGUACAGAAAUGAAGCAUUGUGUGUUUAAAAACAGUGCUGAGACUGUAAAGCUGGUUAUUUACUGCCCUUGAGGAAACUUAACAUGUGAAAUGAGAGGUUUGCUUAACAUCCCCAGUUUUUGAAUUGCCUUGUACAAAUUAAGUUAAAUUUGUGGCAUCUUUUAUUGAUUUAUUGAUUAUUCUGGGAGUCCAGACUAAGUGACAAGCAUUGCAGAAAGCUAAAAUCUAUACACAGAUUAGAAUGUUGUCAUUCAAUAAAAUAUCUGUGUGGAAGCGAGGCUGUUGAAUAUAUUAACAAAAUGCAAAAGAAAUCUUUCUGGAAUUAUACUGGACCCAAAGUGUGAUGAAUUUAUUGUGAAAUGAGUCCUUAUUAUAUGUUCAUGAAAAUAGCUGCCCUUUUAUAGCAUUAUCAUCCAUCGUACAGGUAAAGGUUUGAACAGUUCUUCAUGAGAAUUAUUGGCUUAAAUUGAUGCUGCUAAAUUCAUUUCUGUAUCCAGUGAAAUUGGCAACGGCUCCCGUGUAGAAUUAUUUGAAAAGUCAAAUCCACCAAAUCCAAGGUAUAGGUUUAAUAUUGUGUUGAGGUGUGAUCCCUGCAAUCAGUGUGGUGCCAACUACAUCAUAUUUUCUGCCCAAGAGUUUGUUGUGAUUUGCUAAAUAUUGUUACAGAUUCUUUUUGGAUUGAAAACAAACAGUUCAAAGUGACUACUAUUUUUGCUCCUUUGUUUUCCAAACUUUAUUUCUUCCCUGUGUGUUUUUCUUUGUUUGCUUCAUCAUUUUGCAUUAAACCUGAAAACUAA